UUCCGGGCUGUUCCUCCACCAAAAAUCCAAGAAAUUUUGGAAUUCUCAUUCCCAGCCCGAUCCAGGAUGGCAGGAAAAUGCGGAACGUGCGGGCCGGGCUACGCCAGCCCUCUGGAGGCCAUGAAAGGGCCUCGGGAGGAGCUGCUGUACCUGCCCUGCAUCUACCGGAACACCGGGAUCGGCAUUCCCGAUUUUCUGGCCACCGUGGAUGUGGAUCCCAAAUCCCCGCAGUACUGCCAGGUGAUCCACCGGCUGCCCAUGCCGCACGCGGGGGACGAGCUGCACCACUCGGGCUGGAACGCCUGCAGCAGCUGCCACGGCGACUCCCGCCGCUCCCGCCGCUUCCUCGUGCUGCCCGCGCUCGCCUCGUCCCGCGUCUACGUCGUCGACGUCGCCGCCGAGCCCCGCGCGCCCCGGCUGCACAAGGUGGUGGAAGCUGAGGAAUUGGCCCAAAAAGCCGGCGCGGCGUUCCCGCACACUUCCCACUGCUUGGCCUCGGGGGAAAUCCUCAUCAGCUGCCUGGGGGAUCCCCAAGGAAAUGGAAAAGGCACUUUCGUCCUCCUGGACGGAGAAACCUUCGAGGUGAAAGGAAAUUGGGAAAAAGGAGGAAAAAUCCCCAAAUUUGGUUACGAUUUUUGGUACCAACCCCGGCACAACGUCCUGCUGAGCACCGAGUGGGGCGUCCCCAAAAUCCUGGAUCAGGGAUUCAACCCUCAGGAUGUGGAAAAAGGGUGGGGAAAAAACUGGGAGGAGAGGAUGGGAAUGGCCAAGGGGAGGGAGUAG